AUGUUAAAAACAAUAAAAAUUAAUAACCUGCAACCAGAAAAGACUUCGUGUCAAAAUGAUUCACCAUUGCCUUAUGAUAAAAUCUGGUUGGAUAAGAUGAACAAUGGUCAUGAUUCAAAAUCUGCAAAUCACUAUAAAAUUCAAUAUACACUAACCAAUGGUCCAGCGAGUAGCUAUUCGCAAAAUGCCGUAUUAAAAGCAUUUUUACUUGCAUAUAAUCGACAUGAAGAUAUAAUAUUAUCGCCUGAUGAUCUUUGGUUGUUGAUUACAAUAAAUUUUUCUAAAUAUGUUAAUUCAAAAUCUGAACAACUUCGACAUAUAUUUGUUGACCAUCAAGGCAAGAAAAAACUUGUCGUUAUAGAACCUGUGGGAAAGCGUGAAGAAGAUUGGACAGAUUUUUUUGGCAAUAUGCAAACAGAAAUAUCAAAAAAUGUAAAAAGUUCUGAAGUGAUUGAUAAUUUAAUAAACAACUUUUCAACAACAACUGAAAUUGAACUCACUUUAUCCUAUGCAUGCAUUAUGGAUACAUUUAAAUCGUAUUUUCAAUAUGGUCGAUGUAUUCCUGGUUGUGGUAUACGAAAUGUUCAUUUUAUGGGUACUCUCUUUGAUUGGAAGUUACUAAAACAAAAAACAGAACAGUUAAUGAGUUAUACAAUUAAAAAUGAUGAAUUUUAUCGAUAUAUUGAAGAUUUAUUACCAAUAUUAAAUGAAUUUAUUAAAACCUAUCAGGAAAAAGUUGAUAUUGAUUUUUGGAACCGUAUAAUAGAUUUAAAGCAUGGACGAUUAGGUUCAGGUAGUACAGACUAUAUUACUGGUUGGAUAUUAAAACUUUUUUUUGGCAUUAAUGAAAAAAAUUCAAAUAAAAUUGAAUUUUCAGAUAUUCACUUAGAUUCAAUACGUGUACCAGUUGAAGUUGAAAAUCAUGCCACUGGUUUAAAAAAGAUUUGUUAUGUAUUGGGAGGAUUUUAUGGUGUUGAUUCAACGCAAGAUCAUAUUCAUAAACCAGUAAUGAGUUUGGUUGUUAUUGAAGAUUUAACAACAGUUACAAAUCUUUAUGAUAAAGCAAAACAUGAAUAA